ACCUCCCAGCAGCCAGGCACUUGUUGCUCCCGGGACCGGGACCUGUUGUCAAUCCCACAGCUCGCUCGCUUUUCCCUUUAGCCCCCUGCUGGCUCCCGGAGUCGGCUCUUUCCUUGUGACACCUGGGACGCUGAUCUCUCAGGCAUCACUGCCCUUGCUUGGAGAAAUUGAUUAAGAAAUAGGUGGUCUUUAAAAAAAAAAAAAAUUGAACACUGCGCAGAAAAGAGGCUUCCGCUGUGAACAGGAGCCUGAAGUGCUGCAGAGGUGGCGCCUCUCCGGCCUGGGACCGCGGCCCGGGGCGCCGACGGCAUGACAGACCCGGCGACAGCUAAUGGGGACGAUAGGGACCCCGAGAUCGAGCUCUUUGUGAAGGCUGGAAUUGACGGGGAGAGCAUUGGCAACUGUCCCUUCUCUCAGCGACUCUUCAUGAUCCUCUGGCUGAAAGGAGUCGUGUUCAAUGUCACCACUGUGGAUCUGAAAAGAAAGCCAGCAGACCUGCACAACCUCGCUCCUGGCGCACAUCCUCCCUUCCUGACCUUCAAUGGGGAUGUGAAGACUGAUGUCAACAAAAUAGAAGAGUUCCUGGAGGAGACCUUAACCCCUGAGAAGUACCCCAAACUGGCUGCGAAACACCGCGAGUCCAACACUGCAGGCAUUGACAUCUUCUCCAAAUUCUCAGCCUACAUCAAAAACACCAAGCAGCAGAACAAUGCAGCCCUUGAGAGAGGCUUGACGAAGGCACUGCAGAAGCUGGAUGACUACUUGAACACCCCUCUGCCAGAGGAGAUUGACUCCAACACCCGUGGGGAUGAGAAAGGCUCUCAGCGCAAGUUCCUGGAUGGGGAUGAGCUGACCCUGGCUGACUGCAAUCUGCUCCCUAAGCUGCACGUGGUCAAGAUUGUGGCUAAAAAAUACCGGAACUACGACCUCCCAGCUGAGAUGACUGGCUUGUGGCGGUACCUCAAGAACGCCUAUGCACGGGACGAGUUCACCAACACCUGUGCAGCUGACAGUGAGAUAGAGCUGGCCUAUGCUGAUGUCGCCAGGCGCCUCAGCCGAUCCUGAGCUUAGCUGUCUGGCCCAAUUCUGCUGCUGCUGCAGAGGAAUUCUACUUUUCCCAAAGGCCUUCAACUCUCUAGACACUUCUUCCUCAUUGCCUCGAGGAAACAUUUAAAAGGAAAAAAAUAAGGCCACACUUGCUGGCACCCCUGAACUCAACUCCAGCUUACUACCUUCUAAGAUUAGUGCCAUCCUUCUGCUGUGGCUCACAGGAGCCUGGCAAGUGGAGGGACUCAGUGGCUGAUCUUCCCACCUGCUGGCCCCAUCUAGGGUCAGUGUAUCUGGGGUCAGUUUGGAGAGCUUCCCUGGGAUUGUCACUGGUCCCUUCUGCCAAUAUCAUAACGCUUUCUCAGAUGCUCCAGCAACUUCAACGCCAGCCUCUCUCCCCUCUUCCUCAGUAACCGCAAGGCCACAGUUGAAUAUCAUCAUGUGACUGUCUAAUCACGUGAUCCUUAGGGAGUGAUCCAUGCUUUGAUUGGGAGACAGUGGUGGUGGUGGGGACUCAGCUGGGUGUGGCUCUGGGAACCUAGCCUAGCAGCUCCAGCUGCUCACUAUUUCUGACAGAGGGCCGUAUUGUAAUGUCCCCUUGGGUGCAUGCACCCCAAUUUGCUGCAGUGCUAGGAGCUGGUGCAAUGCAGUUACGUCCUGGCCAGCACUGACCCCAGCUCUCUGUCUGUCUCCAUCCACAAAGGCAGCUGACCUAUAAUUCUAGACUGAGGUGACCCAAGUGGAGAGGAACUUCUGGGAAGCAAUGUUGAUGCCAAAAGGCCCACCAGGGUCUACAGCCACAGGGGCACUGACUUCAGAGUGGUCGUCCAUUGGAGAUUAUAUGAGUGGGUGUGACUGUGUUCUUCAAUGAGUGGCUUUGGGUUCGAGAAAGAGAUGGGAGGGGGAGGGGAAGUGGGAGGAGAUAAAGUUUGCAUUUGAUGUAGCCUAGGAAAGCUUUAGACCCGCCUUCUCUCUCAUUAUCUAAGUCUAUCAACCAUAAAGCAGACUCCAACGUCGGCCAAAAUCUCUUCCAGGCCCUUUCUAGUCACUUCUGAAGGUGGGUUUCCACCUGGGUAUGCUCAGGCUCCCAGCUUCUUCAGCCCCAGCCUCUGAUGGAAGAGAAAUUCUCUCAAAAAAUGGUGUGGUCCAGGGCUGCCUGAGCAAGAAAGUCCAUGGGUCUUUCUGACAGGGAAGCCACCACUUGAAUUUGGAAAAUAUGUACUGUCCUGGGCUCAUUUUCCCACCAUCAGACUCUCUAUCAGAUUUUUAAGAAACAAGCAGUAUAUAUAUUUUUAAAGCUGUUAUUUCUCUCCUUAAUCAUUCUCCUUGUGUUUUACCUACAAAGCUCAUGGGGCUCGAACAUGGGAACCUAGGCUGACCAACCACUAUGACAAAUGAGUUAAUUGUUAGCUCUUCCUCGACCAGUGAGCUAGUGAGCGCCUGGGAGAAAUCCAUCUGCUGGGCCUCAACUCCAACAAUCCUGCUUUCUGUGUUGCCAGUGGAGGGCGAGGCUCCUGAGGGCCGGAAAGCCCCAGGACUUGGCUCAUUACUCUGGAGGGUGGGGCAGCACGGGUCCUUUCCAUUGAAACGUCAACACCCGCUAACAGUCACUGGGCCCACCUGCCUCUAGGGACCGCCAAAGCAAAGCGUGGCCAUUGAUCCGAGGAGGGAGGAAGCCGGAGGUCUCCCUAGCCCACUGGGGAAGAGGACUGCCUGCUAGGCCAUUUUAUAAACCUGAAAGGGCUUUGAAGACGCAAAAUGAGUCGAUUCAUUUCCACCCUACAGGAACCUUUCCACAGGCUCUCGGCAAUCUGCCCCUGGGGGCUGUUUAAAGUGUAGCCCUGCUGCGGGAACAGCCUUUUACUGUAGGGAGGAGCCCCCAAUGGGCCUCCCACAGGGAGGAGAGCUUCUGGAACCAUCUGGAAGGCUGUUUAAUUAAUAGGAAACCCCUGCCGUUUUCAGCAAUCCUUUCCAGAACUCCCAAGCAAGCAGGGUAAACCCCAGGCUGCUCACAUCCCUAUGUCCUUCAGGUGGGCUGAUGUUAAAGAUGAGUCUACUAGUAUCCAUACAGAGACAGGGGUUCCAGGGGGAGGGGAGAAUGCUCAGGACCGGCGUGUGAUCUUCUGAGCCCAGAAAUAGGCAAGUCUUUAAAAAUAAACAGCUCAAGCUGAAUCAAUACUGUUUCUAGAAGGUCUUCCUGUGGUUGAGUUAGUUUUACAUCAAUAACAAUAUUUAGGCAAUGUUGGAUAUUAUAGGAUUGAUCAUAACCCCUUUAAAGAGAGGUAAGAUUAUAGAAGGGAGCUCUUCCCAGUACCUGAAUUCAGAAGUAAUUUUAAUGUUAUCAGAUAAUCUAAUUAGACUGACCAGUGUCUUAAGGCAUAACUGUCAUGGUAUAUACAAAUAGCAAUAAAGUAAAUGAUGGUUGCACCCUACUCCCACAUCGGGUUUCUCCCAUGCCUCUAGCUCCUUUGGACCUUGGCCCUAACUUUGUCAUGUGUACAAUUCACCAUCUGCAGCCACCCUGUGGUGAGGUUCCAAGCCCCAGCUCAGACUGUGUGCAAGGGUCUGCAGAGUGCACACUACUUGCAAAGACUGGAUAGGAGUUAUUCUGGUAAGUGCCAGUCCCUCAGAGAAAGGGAAACUAUUUUGAUGGAGCUAUUUCAUUUCUCACCUUUGAUUGUCACAUGACAAUCUUGUGUGUGUGUGUGUGUGUGUGUGUGUGUGUGUGUGUGUGUAUGUUUGUGUGUGUGACAAGUGGAAGGCAAGACAGACAGCUAGAUUAAGACUCAGAAUUCCCGAGUUGAGUGUAUCUAUCUAUUUAAAACUGCCUACAUCUUAGGUUGACCCAGAGAGAAGGCAUUUGUUAAGAUAUUAGGAACUAUACACCAUAAGAUAGAAAGUACAUUUAUUGUUGUUCCAGAACAUUGCAUAUUCCCCUGAAAAAGAAAAAAUUCUUGCUAAAUUCAGGAUCACAGACAUGUCUAUAUCUCACAUCUUAAACAAGGGAUCCAGAUAGGCUCCUGGCAGCCAACAAAUCAGUUGCAGAGUAGGACACAGUCAGGCAAACAAUCCCAAGCUAGUUCCAGCUUCCUCGUAGAUGGCCCUGUCCCUGGUGUCCUGUGGUGCUGGUGGGACCAGAUAGCAUCUUGAUCUUUUCAUCAACAAGAAGCUGCUCCAAGAGUGAGGUUUGGGGCAUGGUUCGGGUACCUCUUGGUUCUUAUCAGAUGAGGCAAGAGUAGCGAAGACAGUGCCUCUGCUUAGAAGUGGGCAUUCUGCAGACAGAAAGCUGUCGUGGAGUGGAGCAUGCCCACUACAGAUAGAUUUUGACUGUCUUAGAGUCCCAGGAACCUGAAAGGCCCAGGAAAACUGUGUUAGAAAGGAAGCCAAGGCAGAAGCUGUGUGUCCAUCUAGUACGAGUGGACCAUCACUGAAAGUGUUUGCAUUUACAAGCAAAUCAUUCUGGAAGCACUAGGUAUCUGGCAGGGGCUUCUGGGGCUCCCCCCUUCAUUUAUCUCAGCUGCAAAAUGGGUCAGGAAAGCUAAUGUGGCCUUGCUUGGAAACACGAAACAUUAACUUGCGGUUGAAACUAAGAUCAGUGAUUCUUAAUGGUUAUAUUUUGAGACCUAAGUAUUUGUAUCAUAUAUAUUCAUAUAUAUUAUACCUAUAUAUGACAUUAAGAAAGAUCUUUAUGGAAUGUGAAGGAAAGAAGUGUGCCUAGGAAGUACCAGAUUCUACUGUUGGGAGAACACUGGGGAUCUUGUCGUUGGCUUUGGGGCCCAUCUACAAACUGGCCAGUGACCUUGUAUCUACUGCUCUCUACCACUCAAACUAACAGCUUGUGCAGAGUUACAAGUGCAUUCUCUUCCCCCUUUACAAUAUUCCUCUUUCAUCCUAGUUUCAAGACACUUUCAUCUUGUUAUUAAGUAUGAAUCAAACUGAACAAUCAUAUUUAAUGUUGUUGAAGGAAAUAGAUCUAUUCUUCACUACCACCAUGUACACUACCAAAUAUAAACAAAACAUUAUUUCCAUAUGAGGUUUGAGUUAAAUUGUACUUUCUAUAAAACCUAUCUGAUGCUUGGCAAAACAAUUUUGAAGACAUGGUAUUUUUGUAUAUAGCUAAAGAUGGCCCAACAUUAACUAUGAAUAUAUUUAUAGCAAUUAUCAGGCUAGGAUCUAGCAUGGUUGGUAGAAUGUUUGCUUAGUGUGGAUGAAGUUCUGGGUUAGUUUGCCACACUGCAGAAACCAGGCUUGGUAGUGAACACUUGUAAUCCCUGCACUAGGGAGGCAGAGGCAGCUGGAUCAGAAGUUCAAG